AUGCAUCUUCCUGAAAGCCUGCAGGACCUGGCAGACACUGAAACUGUACGCUUUCUGAAGAGACCAAAGAGCAUCUCGAGGGUCUGCGGAGGGGUCUUUUCCCUGGUCAUCUUUUCCUCUCUACUAAUUGAUGGUUACCAGAACAGGGCAGAGUCUUCUGAGCUCCACUGUGUCUUCAACCGCAAUUACGUGGCCUGCGCCUUCGCAGUAAGAGCUGGCUUCCUGUCCUUCCUCAGCAGCUUGGUCUUCCUUGCCCUAGACGCCCAUGAGAACCGCAUCAUAGAAAGCGGCUCUAAGACAGCCUUCCGGCUCUUAGACUUCAUUCUGGCUGUCAUCUGGGCAGGUGUCUGGUUUGGGGCCUUCUGCUUCCUAGCCAACCAGUGGCAGCAUUCGAAUUCCAAGCAUUUCCUCACGGGGAACAGCAGCCCCAAGGCAGCCAUUGCCUUUGCUUUCUUCUCCGUCCCUGUCUGGAUAUUCCAGGCAUACCUGGCCUUCCAGGACCUCCGAAAUGAGGCUCCAUUCCCCUACAAGCGCUCCCAGGAUGAGGGUGCUGUGGUGCUGAACACCCUUUCUCCGUCAUCCACCAGUAGUCCUGCCAACCCUCCCACCACAGGCCCCAACAGUGUGAGUUACAGCAGCUCAGCCCUGUCUUCCUACCUGACUACUCCAAAGGCCCCCCGCCUGGCUAUGAUGCCAGACAGCUGA